GGCAAUACACGUGCAGGACGAAAGAGGCGACUGCAUUCAAUGGCCGAGAACGGACAAAUCCUCCUUCCCAACGUCGGCGUCGGCCACGCGAGCAUUGAAGACCUGGCCAAGCUGGUCAAGGCGAAGCGGGAAUUCGCGCAGGAGAAGGUCAUCUCCCACCAACGGGUCAAGCUCCUCCGCGAAGAAAUCGCCGAGUGCUACCUCAAGAGCGGCGUCAACCACUAUGUCGCGUGCAAGGCCCUCCGCGAACAAUACUCGGUAUUGGUCAAAGACCCUUGGCUUGCCAUGAAACCCAUUCGAUUCGAAGGGCAAGACGACGAAUAGCGGCAAGUGCGAUGAAUACCGGCAGCCGCGCCGACUUGCACUGUUUUACCCAGCCCGUUGAGAGUGGCGUUAGGAGCAAGCGAGUGGAAGCGUGGAGUAGGAGUACUCAACGACCCAGUAUGAUUAAAAAAAUGUAAUGCCCCACCUUGACAUGUGAUCCUUAUCCCCGUCGCCGGUUGUGUUGUUGCUUGCGUUGCCGCUUUUCUCUUGCGUGUUGAAUCAUGUCUUGGGCAAACGUCGAACC